CACCACGCGCGGCACGGCGGCCGCGUUGAGCGACACCCGUCUGCAUCGGGCCCGGGUCGGCGCUUGCUUCGAUCGGCGGCGGCUUCGUUGCGUGCGUGCGUGUGGGUGGUGGGAGGAACACCCUGCGGGGACGCUCUGCCCUGCCGCGCCCCGGGCGAAGAUCAAGCACGGCGCCGAGGUCCACAGCAGAAGGCGCGCACGAUCGCCGCAAAAUUGCCGCGCGGCAGUCGGACGGCAGAGAUGUCCCGUUGGCUCAGCGCCGCCGCGACGCAAGGCAGCGAUCCGCUGCGGCUGUCGACGCGUCGUCGUGGGGCACGCGGUGGAACAUCGCAGCCCUCUACCCUUGCGGGCGUCGCGGCGGGCCAUGUUCUUCUGGCGAUCCCGAGCCACCGGCGGCUCCUAGCUUCGCCGCGGGCAUCGUGUCGGCGGCUGCGCCCCACUCUGGAGCCAUUUCCCGGCGCCCUCCGCGCGCAGGGGGGAGCCCGCGCCCCACAGAAAAAGCCCCGCUGGGACGGGGAACCGGCGGAGGACACGCCGCUUCAGCGCGGGUGCUGCGGGCGUGGACUUUUGGCGGAGAAGGGAGUCCUCCCCGCACGCGGGCGCGGCGUCGGGGCAAAGGCGAAAAACAAGUCCCGAGGCUAA